ACUUAAAUAAUUCGGCUGACAAAGUUCCGGAAAUCCGAGUUUUCAAUGAAGAGGGGGAGAUAAUUACUCAUGACCCAACAGCACCAAGUAAUAACCAGCCAGUUUCCUCCACAAUAAAAGAAAAAUUAUUGCGAAACUUGGAUAAAAUAUGUUUAGACCCAACAGGCGAAUUAACUAAUGCUGAAAUAUUAAAACAUAAUGAAGCCGAUUAUUAUUUAAGCAAAGGAGUAUAUGGUUCUUACACAUCCGAAUGA